AUGUCCGCCCCGCAACACCCCGCCGGCCCCCCGCCCGCCUGGGGCUGGGGCCCGUAUCACCACCCCUGGCACCCCCGCCGCGCGCGCUUCUCCGGCGGCGGCCACCGCCUCUUCUGGUUCGUCCUCGGCGGGCUCGCCGCCUCCUGGUGGAUGCACCGCCGCGAGGAGUGGUACCUCCAGCACGGCUUCUGCAGGCGGCCCGACCACACGCUCGCCGCGCCGCCGCCCCAGCAAGAGAACGCGGCGCAGGGCAAGGAGUCCCACUGCACGCGCUACGAGCGGCCCGCGUGGGACUCGCCCGAGGGGCAGAGGCACUGGCGCUGGGGGUGGCAUGAGAGACGGGAGGCGGAGAUCGAGGCGAGGCGCCAGCGCGAGCAGGCGCAGGCUCCUGAUCCCGUGCCCGCUGCUCGUGUGGUCGCCGCACCGCAGGCUGCUGCCUGGGACCACGAGAAGGAACGGAUAGAGGAUAUGAAGAUGAAGGCGACUGAGAAGGUUGCCGAGAUGUCAGAGGCGACCCUCGAUACCAUCCUCUCAACCGUCAACUCGCUCAAGGCUAAGCUCGCCGAUCAGAAGGCGCAGAUGGAGGAAGAGAAGCGGCGCCGUCAGCAGGAGAUCGAGGAGCAGCAGAAGGCUCCCCGCCAUCUCGUAUAA